UUUUUAAUUAAUAUCGUAACAACCAUUAAUAAAAAUUAAAUGGUUUCAAUAAGUAUAAAAAGAACAGCUUGCAUACUAAUUUUAUUUUUUCACAUUAUUUUCCUCAAUUUCACAUUACACAUCUGCUCUUUAUCAACAUCACAAAACCAAAAAUCCACAGAAAAAGCUAAUUUAUCUUCAACCAACCCUUAUUAUUACAACCAACCUUAUGAUCAAGGCUUCAACUACUACAAUUCAGCUGAUUAUUCUAACAAUCUACCUAACAAUUUGACCAUUGAGGUUCUUCCCAACGACGAAGACGAUGAUGACGGUUAUCUUAAGUUCGGUUUACUUCGUGAUGCUUAUGGAUAUGCUGAUUCUAUAAAUACCUAUUGA